GGAUGCUCUCAAACUUCUGCAAGAGAAGCAGAAGGGCAAACCCAGUGAAUUGAAACCUGUGGUUUCUCCAGCUCCUCCCCAGCCUACUGCAGUGCAUUCUGCUUUGCAAGCAACAGCUGUGACUUCUGCUUAUCCACGGCCAGCAGUUCCACCAGUUUCCACACCAGGACAACCCGCUGCACUGGGCACAUUCACAGAAAUCCCAGCUAGCAACAUCCGAAGAGUUAUUGCUAAGAGAUUAACAGAGUCCAAAACUACUGUACCUCAUGCAUAUGCUGCUGCCGACUGUGACAUUGAUGCUAUUUUGAAAUUAAGAAAAGAAUUGGCCAAAGAUGACAUUAAAGUAUCUGUAAAUGAUUUUAUUAUCAAGGCAACUGCAGUCACUCUGAAGCAAAUGCCAGAUGUGAAUGUAACCUGGGAUGGAGAAGUCUGUAGGCAGCUGCAGUCCAUUGACAUUUCUAUUGCUGUGGCAACAGACCGAGGUCUUAUUACACCAAUCAUAAAAAAUGUUGCUGCCAAGGGAAUAAAGGAAAUUGCUGCCUCUGCAAAGGCUCUAGCAAAGAAAGCAAGAGAUGGAAAACUGUUACCAGAAGAGUACCAGGGAGGAUCUUUUAGUAUCUCCAAUCUGGGCAUGUUUGGCAUCAAUGAUUUCACCGCAGUCAUAAACCCUCCGCAGGCCUGCAUCCUAGCUGUGGGCAGAGCAAGACCAGAGCUCAAGAUUGUGGAAGAUGAAGAAGGGAAUGAGAAACUUAAGCAGCAUCAACUCAUGACAGUGACUCUUUCAAGUGAUGGUCGGGUGGUAGAUGAUGAACUGGCUUCAAAGUUUCUGGAGACCUUGAAAGCCAACAUAGAGAAUCCAAUGCGACUUGCCCUGUGUUAAACUCUGUGAAGAUUGCUUCUUGUUUUGUCAGCAUAGAUUACUGGUAUAUACUUGGGGUUGUUUUUCUGUAUUGAGGAGUAAAUAGUUACUCUCAGAUGGACAGUUAAAAUAUUUAAUUUAUUGAAUUGACAUGAAAUGCUAUUAAUUUUCAUGCUUUUAGUCUUUUGCAAUGACCAGGUUUUAUACUGUAAAGCUAAAAGACUUUGAAGUUAAUAUAUCACGUUUCUUUAAACGCUUAGUACUAAUAGCAUGUAACAUUUGCAUAGAAAAGUCAGUAUCUCCUAUGUAAAGGAAAAUAGCAGAAAACUUUAUGAAAUUUAAAAGAGAAU